AUGUGUUACAGUGUCCUUCAAACAGAAGACAGGAUAAAUAAAACUGAGGAGUCUCGUGCAAUUCAGGACUUCACAGCUGCCUUGAUGGUGUAUAUGGAGAUGACAAAGGCACAUGGAAAGUGCUUCUCUGUCAAUGAGAAAGAAUCGGGAAAUUAUUCUGGGAGUCAAUCCAGAGCUGUUACAAAAAGAGCUUACCCUGAGUUUGUCCUGACCUACCUAGAGGAACUAAAUGAAAGAGAGGAGGUGACCCAGACAGAAAACCGUAUUCACCAUGGGGCCUGGUCUGCAGCUCAUCAGGAGAUAGACAGCAGCUCAGCAGAAGAGGUCACAGUAUUAAGCCAGAGGCAGGUCAGAGACAGUCCCUUCAAAAACACAUUUUGA